AUGCAACUAAUUUUUGUUUGCAACAUCCAACACUUUUAUUAAUAAUGCUUAAUCUUUUCCUGUCUUCAUAUCCCUAAAAAUAGAAGAAAGCUAUUGUACUAUAUUGAACCCUUAUACUCAAUAUUUAUUCCUUCUAAUUUUAAGGGCUGUAACAUAAAACUAUUAUAUUUAAAAGUAUGCUUAUAACCUAAAACUUGAAUUAUCUUAUAAUCCUUUCCUUUUUGAAACUACAAAUCAUUGGGUAUUUCCUUUUGAUAAAGCAUAGUAUAUUGAAUCAUUUUAUGAUAUCCAUUAGAUAAGAUCUUAUGAAUUUAAAGAAUAUUUAUAAUAGUUUGUUGUAGAAUCUUUCAAUACAGAUGCUAACAGUCUUUAAUCAAAAUAUUUAAUUGAUGAUUACAUUAUUCAGAUAUUUGCAAAUUAUUAAAUUCUUAGAAUUUAACAUAUUUAGAAUAUUGAAGAUGGUAGAUUAAAACAAAGUCUAUAACAAACAUAUUAUUAAAUGGCAAUCUAUUUGAAAGCUAAUUGGAUGAAAGUAAGACCAAAUAUACUGAACAAUCUUUUGAUUCAAUCUAUAAUUUAAAUUAAGUUAAUUAUAAAUAAUUAUUAUUUAUAACCUUAUAUAUUUGCAAGUCGUAAAAAGUUGUGGUUAAUUUGGAUAAAUGAUUUUUAAGAGAUAUUUUCUUACUUUGUAAUUACAUAAACAUAAUUAAUGUAAAUAUUAAAUAGAAUUUGUAUUUAAAUAUUUUUGUUUUUGAUUUACUUUCCUCGUUUAAAAUAUUAAUGA